GAGCUGCUCGCGGAGUGAGGCCGCUGGCUGCCGUGGUGUUUGGACUGACCCAGGAUAGUUCUCAGUUCAUAGUGUAGACCUUGUAUGAAGGUUAUGCUACACAACAGGAAGAGGACCAAUCAUUUUGUUACACACAAAAAAAUUAUGGGAUUUAUUCUCCUACAAAAAAAGUGAAACAACAUUGGAUGAAAGAGGAAAACAAUAGAAAGUAGUCAGCAAGACUAUUUUUAAACUAUUCAGGAUGCAGUUAGGAAGAGCCAAAGGAAGUAUUUCCCGAAGCACAAGCCAAGGAAAAACCUAUGAGAAUCAGUGUAAGACAGCACGGCAGCGGAAGAGAUGGGGAAUGGCUUCCCGAUAUGACACAGAUUUUAGUAGAUUUAGAAACAGCCUAGAGGAGAAACCCUAUAAAUGUACUCUGUGUGAUAAAGGUUUCAGUCAGAGUUCGACUCUUUUCCAACAUGCAAAAAUCCACACUGGAGAGAAAUCCCAUAUCUGUGCUGAUUGUGGGAAAAGCUUCUUUCAGAGCUCAAACCUCAUUCAGCACCGACGAGUCCAUACUGGAGAAAAGCCCUAUAAAUGUACUGAGUGUGGAGAAAGAUUUAAACAGAGCUCAAAUCUCAUUCAACAUCAGAGAAUUCACACUGGAGAGAAGCCCUAUCAGUGUGAUGAAUGUGGCCGGUGUUUCAGUCAGAGUUCCCAUCUGAUCCAACAUCAGAGAACCCACACAGGAGAGAAGCCCUAUCAGUGUAUUGAAUGUGGCAGGUGCUUUAGCCAGAGUUCUCACCUUAGUCAACAUAUGAAACUGCACAGAGAAGAGAAACCUCAUAAAAGCCGGGGCAAAAAUACCAGGAGGAAAACUCGUUUGGUAUCAAGUUGGAGAAUCCAUACAGGAAGGAAGUCGGUGUCUUUACUGUGUUAAACCAGAGACACCACUCAGGUCUGCUUUAAUAAAAAUGAAAAAAACCCCAUAACUUUGUCUGUGUCCCCCCCUCCCCCCCCCCCCCCCUUUUCCUGAAUCUCUCUCCCUUUAACUUCUACCCCUCCGAACAGAAAGUGAUUUAAAUUUGCAUUGGGAUUUAUUGUGAGUUUAUUGAUCUUUUAGGGUGAAAGACUAUGAUUCCUAAUAUCAUCCUCUGGUUUGGAGGGUUUUUACCUGCAUAUUUUCCUGU